UCACACUUAUGUCUCUUGUCAAUAAAACAAGUUAUAAAAUAAUAAUCUUUGUUUUCUAAUGUGUAAGUCGCAUCAGUAUAGAUUAUGGGACUGUUUUAAUUCAUACCGCAAAUGUUCCAACACCUUAGAGUUUUUGCCACUUCACCCUAUACAUCUGGCUUCAAAUUAGGUUCUCUUAAUAAAGGGAAUUCUUUAAAUUACACAAAAAUGUGUAGUAGUUGGAAGGGUGUACCUAUUUCUUACAUUGUUGGCUCGCAAUCGCCGUGGGGUGCACCGGAGUUUCCCUUAGUACAGCCGUCGUAUAACCACACAGUGUUGUACCACAUACCAGAUGAUGCUCAACUAGACAGACCUCCAAAACCACAGAUCGGUCAUGAAAAAUGGGAUCAGGAACAUGUGAGGUUGCCAUUCUCUACACAAAGCCUGUAUCCUGUUGAAAACAAUGCAGGUGAAACUAAACUUAAAAACCGAUGGGACAUGGUUCAGAAUGCUUUAAACAGGCCAAUACGUAACAGUAAGGAGCUCGCUAAAGCUAUAUUGAGUUAUAACACUCAGUUCAAAAAUAGAUGGAAAUUUACGGCUUUACAUUACUUGUUUGAGGAGUAUUUAGAAGAAGAGGAGUCUCAGUACUUUUUUGAUGUGACAUUACAAGAAAUUGCUAAGCUUGCUUUGUCAAUAACAAAAUUAAUACAAGCUCCAAUACCUUUGUUGAAACAAAACAAGAACCGAUCUAUAUCUUUGUCGCAGCAGCAAAUAUCAUGUUUAUUAGCGAAUGCAUUCUUCUGUACAUUUCCACGACGGAACACUACUAAGAAAAAUUCUGAAUAUGCCUCAUAUCCCUAUAUUAACUUUAAUGUUUUGUAUGAAUGUGAGCCAUCUAACCAUGUGGUGGAGAAAUUGAAAUGCAUCUGUCACUACUUCAGGAGAGUUUGCACGAAAGUUCCAGUUGGAGUGGUUACAGUGUCUCGUCGUUCUGUUCCUGUAAAGGAGUUACCGGAUUGGAAGAGCUCCCAGAGAAUCAUCUCCGAACUGCCUGUUCAUUGCAACUCAGAGAACACUAUAGAAGAAGCACAUGGCUUGAUACAAGUGGAUUUUGCUAAUAAGUACUUAGGCGGCGGUGUAUUGAGUUACGGCUCGGUCCAAGAGGAGAUAAGAUUCAUGAUAUGCCCCGAGCUGAUGAUAUCAAUGUUGUUUACCGAGGAACUGAAGCCCAAUGAAGCUUUGAUGGUUAUAGGUUGUGAACAGUACAGCACAUACUCUGGCUAUGGUCACAGUUUCUCGUGGGGCUCCAACUAUAAUGACAUAACACCGAGGGACUCCUCUGGCAGGAAACGGACCGCAGUCCUGGCUAUAGACGCCCUGCCUGUGAGGAGUCGCCUACACGAGAUGAAUGCUAACACCGUCACUAGGGAUAUCAAUAAGGCGUGGGUGGGUUUUUCGUUCUAUUGCAGCAGCGAAUCGGGUCUGAAGUACCCCGGCGUGGCGACUGGCAACUGGGGCUGUGGGGCGUUCGGUGGGUCGCCGCGUCUGAAGUUCCUUAUACAGACCAUGGCCUUGACUGAGGCUGGCCGGCCGCUGGCCUACUACACUUUCAACGAUAGGGAGUUGAGAGACGACAUUAUCGGAUGCUACGAGUUGCUCGUCAGACAUCAGGUUACCGUCGGUCAAUUGUAUAAUAUUAUAAUGAACUACUGUGACUCGAAUCAACACAGCGGCGAUAUUUACACGUAUCUGGAACACGCUCUGGAUAAUAGAAAACCGGUUAAUAAUAAGAAUGACACGGGAAAAAUCCAAAAAUCCGAUACAAAUGACAGCGGUAAUGUCUGUGAUGAUCUGAUUCUUGCUAGAGCGUUGGAUUUUUCACCGGACAUAUUCUUACAAGACGAAGAUAUGAGUGAAUAUUCGAUGGACUUGAAAGUUAACACGGAAGAUACGGCGGUUAUAGAUCUAGACACGAGUACGAGCGACGGCAAUAAAUGUGUUGAUAGUAGAGUGACCGCCGAAGAACAGGAAGUUCAGGAAAAUACUAAAACAAACCAAACGUCCAGAUUAUUCGACGAGAUGGAGAAGUUAGAUCAAGACAGCGGGAAAUUGAAUCUUAAGAGUCAGCAGAAAACAUUCUUUGGACAGAAAAAUAAUGAUUUGUCUAUGGACGUUGCGGAGAAGUUACAUACAGAGAUUUCGCCGGAUGUCAAAAAGAAAUUAACCAAAAAAAUUACAGAUUAUUUCUCCAAGAGACCUAUAUGAUUUUGUAUAAUAAAUAAUGAAUUGUUUGAAAUAUA